CUUCGUUCCUUCACAACAAGAUGGACUGGACAGAAGACGGACAUGGUCACACCUGCCACCACGGUUCCUCAGGCCACUCUCAUGGCCCACGAGCGGCAGCGUUUGGCUCAAUGGCACCUCCAUUCAUGCCAGCUUUCUACGGACAGUUUGGCAAAAGUACAGAUCAGACAGAUAUCAGUCAGCAGCCGAAGAAGCGCUCGCACCUGGACGAGAGCAGCAGCAGCAGCUGGGACAUCGUGAAGGCAACACAGUUCGGCAUCCUCGAGCGCUGCAAAGAGCUGGUGGAAGCCGGAUACGAUGUCAGGCAGCCGGACAAAGAAAACGUCACACUGUUGCACUGGGCGGCGAUCAACAACCGCUCAGAGCUCAUCAAGUAUUUCAUUUCUAAAGGGGCGAUCGUUGACCAGCUGGGGGGCGACCUCAACUCUACUCCUCUUCACUGGGCCAUCAGACAGGGUCACCUGCCCACGGUGAUCCAGCUAAUGAGGUACGGCGCGGACCCCUCCAUCGCAGACGGAGAAGGCUAUCGAGCUCUCCACCUGGCCAUCCUCUUCCAGCACAUGGCCAUAGCAGCGUACCUCAUGGCAAAGGGACAGGAAGUUGACGGGCCCGACUGCAACGGACAGACGCCGCUGAUGUUGGCUGCCCAGAAGAUUAUUGGGCCCGACCCCACCAACUUCUUAAUCAAGAACAACGCCUCAGUGAGCGCCGUGGACAAAGUGAACAGGAACACGCCGCUGCACUGCGCCGUGCUGGCAGGAAACGUCGACGCUGCACACAUCCUGCUGGAGGCCGGCGCCAGUGUGGACGCAGAAAAUAUUAAUGGUCACACGCCCAUCGACUUGGCCCACCAGGUGCACAGCCCGCUGCUCAUCCACAUGCUCAGCCACAUCAAGCAGGAGAGGAUCCGCUCCAACUCGCGCUGCGUUCGGAUCCUCAACAGAUACAGGCUCUUUGUGCAGUUUUUACUCUGCACUGCCUUCUUGGGAAGUAUCGGUGCUGUCGUUGAUAUGAACUCUGAGUCCUGGCUGCUCAAAGGGAUCCUGUUGGCUUGUGUCUUGGGUGUGAUGAAUCUGGUCGGAAGGAAUUUUCCGAACCCGACCUUUCAUUCACUCAUCCCAGCAGCAUCUCUGAUGGCUUCAAUCUUCUGGAUGCUCGUCACCUGGUGCCUCUGGUUUCUACCAGAUGGACCGAGCGCCACCGUUCAGGUAUUGUUCACUCUUAAUGCCACUGCUCUGCUCUACUACUACCUCCGCGCCUGCAGGACCGACCCGGGCUUCGUCAAAGCCACCGAAGAAGAGAAGAAAAUGAAUGUGUUGGUCCUGGCUGAAGCGGGCUGUCUGGACCCCAGAAUAUUCUGCACUUCCUGUAUGAUAAAGAAACCAAUGAGAACGAAUCACUGCUUCACCUGCGACGCCUGCGUGGCGAAGCAGGACCACCACUCCAUCUGGACCAACAACUGCAUCGGUGCGAGGAACCAUCACCACUUCGUCCUCUUUCUGUUCUCCCUCGUGCUGAUGGGCGCCUGGAUGUUUUACGGUUCCCUCGUGUACUGGUCGUCUCACUGCGUGCUGCACUACGAGGAGCAGGGCCUGUGGGGCGUCGUCUCCGCCCUGGUCGGCUGCUCUCCCUGGGUGCUCAGCGUCUUCCUGCUGGCCUUCUAUCACACCUGCUGGUCCAGUUUGGUGCUGCUGCUGCAGCUCUACCAGAUUGCUUUUCUGGGACUGACCACAGCAGAGCGGACGAAUCUGACUCUCCACCAGAGGAAACUCAGACAAAAUGUGUCUCUCAGACAGAAUCCGUACAAUCUGGGCGUGGUCAGGAACCUGGUGUCCUUCUUCCAGCUGCGCUGCUGCGGCCUCUUCAAGCCGGCCGUCAUCGACUGGACGCAGCAGUUCCCGCCGGGACGCGAGCAGCACAUGUUCGGACACACCGACAUGGUCUGAGCCCUCCUCUGCUCCUCUGGGACUCUCACAGCGGUUCAGGACCAAAAGCACAGAUUGUAUUUAUUUAUUUUUCUAAGCGGUGCGAAGCGAGCGCGACACUGGGAGAAACGUGUAGAUUCGGUUGCUCUUUGUACAGACUGCUGCUGCCUUAUACUUGACCAAUGUACGUUUGGAAAAAAAAAAAAAAAACCGAGAAAGGUUUCAGGUUGGAUGAGAUUAACUCCGCCUCUGAAGGCCUGGAAAGUUUUGUGCUGUUUUUAUGAACACAUUAAGCCUAUUUUUAUCAUCUGUGCUGAAGAGAGAGAGAAAGCUUUGUAUGUGUAAACACGGUUUUAUGACUUUUGUAAAGGUUGCAUGUGUUUAUUAACAAAAGACCACUAUCAUUCUUCAAUAAACAAUGUUGUGCCUGUCU